GCCCCGAGAGGGCCUGGCUGCCUCCGCCCGCGCUCCUUGAGGGUUUUCAUCACCCUCUCGGGGGUGAGGGGCUGGCUGUACCGAGCCCGGUGCAGGCUGAAGGCCGCAGUGCUGCUGAGGGCCUCGCUGAGCCGCGAGCUCAGCCGCACUCCCGGCAGCCCUCAGCUCCCUGGCCCCGCUGAGGCCUCGUGGCGUCUCGUCCGGCUCUCCUGCAGAGGUUCUUCCAGGACGCGACCAUGAGUGACCAAAUCCAGUUCAUUGUUGAGAAGCUCAAUCAGGAGCCCUUCAGGAAGAACUACAAUUUAAUCACGUUUGACUCCUUAGAGUCGGUGCAGCUGUUGCAGCUGCUCAGUGAUGUGCUGGGGGAGAUUGACCCGAAGCAUGCUGUUGACGUUAGAGAGGAGCUGCCAGAGAAUACAGCUAAAAGAAUGUUGACUCUCCUCGGUAUCCUUAAAUACAAGCCUCCAGGAAGCGUAACAGACCUGAGCGCAUUUCGCCAAGGGUUGGUUACGGGAAGCAAACCUGUAAUUCAUCCUGUCUUACAUUGGCUUCUUCAGAGAACCAAUGAACUCAAGAAAAGGGCUUAUCUGGCACGCUUCUUGGUAAAACUGGACGUGCCAGUGGAGUUCCUACAGGAUGAUACUGUGGCUGACGUCAACAAGCAGUAUGAAGAACUGAUGGAAGCAUUUAAAAACCUACAUAAGGAAUGUGAGCAGCUCAAAACAUCUGGUUUAUCUACUGCAGAAAUAAGAAGGGAUAUAAGUGCAAUGGAAGAGGAGAAAGAUCAACUCAUCAAAAGAGUGGAGCGUCUUAAGAAGAGGGUGGAGACAGUACAAAAUCAUCAACGAAUGCUUGAAAUAGCAAGACAGCUUCGCUUAGAAAAAGAGAGAGAAGAAUCUUUGGCUCAACAGAAACAAGAACAAAAAAGUCAGUUAUUCCAUGCAGAGCAGAGACUGCAAAGAGCACAGCUCCAGCUGAAAGAGAUGCAUCAUGCAGUAGUGGAUUCAAAACCUGAAAGCUUAAUGAAGAAACUGGAAGAGGAGAUAAACUUCAAUUCAUACCUCGCUACUGAAAAAAUACCUAAGGAGCUUGAAAGUAAGAAGAAAUCAGUGUAUUUCUUACAAAAGGCAAUUGCAGAGCCAGCUAUGGGUCAAUCAGAUCUCAAUGUACUUGAAAGCAAGAUAAAUGAAGUAAAUGUACAAAUAAAUCAACUUAUUGAGAAAAGAAUGAUGAAGUAUGAGCCAGUUGAUAGUAAACUUUCCAUGUAUCGCCAACAGGCAUCUAUAAUUUCCCGGAAGAAGGAAGCCAAGGCAGAAGAACUUCAGGCUGCUAAAGAAGAGAUGUCUAGCACAGAAAAGCAGAUGAUACAGAAGACGAAUCAGGCCCAUGAGUUAGAUGGCUCUGAAGUUCUGAAGGGGGAUGAGCUUAAACACUAUGUCAAUAAGCUCCGGAGCAAGAACACAGUAUAUAAAAGGAAGCGACUGGAAGUAGCAGAAAUUACAGCUGAGUGUGGCAUCCUCCAGCGGACAGAAGAGCUCCUGAAGCAGCGGCACGAGGCCAUCCAGCAGCAGCUGCAAGCUAUUGAAGACAAGAAAGGUAUUUCUGGAUAUAGUUGCACUCAGGAGGAGCUGGAAAGAGUAUCUGCAGUGAAGAGCGAAGUGGAUGGAAUGAAAGGCCAAACAUUAGACAACAUGUCUGAAAUGGUAAAGAAACUGAACGCUAUGGUGGCAGAGAAGAAGUCGAGCCUCGCUCCUGUCAUCAAGGAGCUGAGACAGCUGCGUCAGAAGUGCCAGGAAUUAACGCAAGAAUGUGAUGAAAAAAAGAUCCAGUACGACAGUUGUGCAGCAGGGUUAGAGAGCAAUCGCUCCGCACUGGAACAGGAAGUGAAGGGACUUCUCGAGGAGAGCACUCAGGAAGAAAGCAACUACCACUAUGUGAACUGCAUGAAGAAAAAUCUAGAAAUACAGCUGCAACGUGUGAAAGAAGAAAUGAAGAUAUAUGUCUCCCCAGAUCCACAGGAGAGACGGAAGGCAAUUCGAGAACAGUAUACGCGAAUGAUCCUUGAACAAGAAAGCCUUGGGAAGAAAUUACGAGAGAAGCAGAAGGUUGUACGGGAAAGUCAUGGGCCCAAUAUGAAGCAAAUUAAAAUGUGGCAGGAUUUUGAGCAGUUAAUGGAAUGUAAGAAAGAGUGUUUUGUGAAACAACAAAAUCAAACAGCUAUUGGUCAAGUCAUCCAGGAAGCAGAUGAACAAACCACGGUGCAGAAUGAAAUGGAAUGCUUGGGCCAUCCCUGGGCUUUGGCCUAAGGGUACAGCCAGGGUCCCCCACCUGAUACUGUCUGAGAGAGAUGCUGAGUUUUGCCCUGACUGUUGCUCUUCAAACAACCCAGACUUCAUCCUGGAUUGAUGUUUACCAGCACAGCAGUCAGUGUCCCAGCUUUGGGUAUCCUCAUGUGAUCUCUGCCAUUCCCUAAAAGGUAAUUCAGAAGAAAAAGAACAGUACGUUUGCAAUGUGUGAAGGAAAAGUCAUAAGAGUCACAGAUAAACAAAUAUGAUACGAAUGCAAAGUCAUUUUUCUGAAGGAGUUUUUAAUUAAAUUUUAACGUGGAAUUUGAAAACAUAACAAGUAUCACGCCUCCCUUUGCUGUACUUAAUGGAGUCAGUCAGACUGAACAGGAGAAGUUUUGUUACCCAGAGAUCUUUUUACAAUCACAGAGAGAAAUAUCACAGGAGAAACACGGUGCGUGUGCAUACAACAAAGACUGCAUCUCUUCAUUAUAAAGGAUAGACAUCAGUUUAGGGCAACUUAUCUGUGUGGGUCCAGUUAACAUUCAGCCUCUUACAAGUCUCUACUUUGUACUGCAGCUGAAACAUCAAUCAUACAAAUAGAGCAGAAAAAAAACAGGAAACUUUCCUCAAACAUCUGAAGGAAAUGAAGAGAUUUUUAAUAUUCAGUGUUGCAAUCAAAAACACAAGGAGACGUGACUGUGAAAGCACAUGAGAAAAGCUGUCUGGCUUAA